AAACAUGUGUGGCGACUUGAGACAGUGAUAGUCAACACCUCCAUGGAGCACAUACGUUUCCGGAGACUUGAUUGCAAGUCCUUGUGAAUAAGUGGUGCUGCCAUGUGAAGCAAGUGAAUUCUUGUUAUAUGUGUUUUUAAAUCUAUAUCUGUAGUCUCUUGUUAUUGAUGUGUAUACCAAAUUAAAGAAAAUGUUAUCCCUUUGUUCAUUUUUGGUACCCCUUCUACUGCUGCUGGGGAUCUCCUCAUACGUUUUCAAUAAUAUUUAUGACUCCCGGUGGGAUAGCGAGGUGGCAAUUGAUGCAAAUAAAACAAUGUGUUCAUCCGGGUGGUGUGGGAGGCAUGACAUAAGGUACCCGUUCAGGCUGAAUAAUAGUAGUCCAAGCCACUGUGGUGAGCACAGGUACACCCUCUCUUGCGAGAAUGAUAACCAACUCUUUCUCUAUCUCAAAUCAAUCAAGUUCCAAGUGCAAUCAAUUAACUACAACAACUACACAAUUCGACUAGUAGAUGCUAAUGUUGCUUUGCAUAGUCAUGAUAUCUCUCACCCUCUUCCUUAUUCUUUAACCCCCUCCAACUUCACCGGAGCCCAAGAUGAACCAUAUCAAUAUCGGAUCUAUAAACAGCAUUUUGAUUUUAUUAGAUUGACAAAGCAGAUGCUAUAUUUGAAGUGCCCACCGUAUGGAGUAAAAUCUUCUGCUACUGCUGCUGCAACAACCUGCAUGAAUGGAUCUUAUGCGCUUGGGAGUACAUUCUAUGUAAGUGAUCUUGACAAGCGUCUCCAGGAUUUGGCGUUCAGAGACUCAUGUCAUAUAGAUUGGAUGUAUUUGACUUCAUGGCCUACUGAAAUCAAGCAGAUCAACAUUUCAUGCACAGACAUCCAUCAUUUGCUGCUCUACGGGUUUGAACUUUCUUGGAUGAAAGGAUAUUGCUAUAAUGACACAGACUCUGCCAUUCUCGGUGAUCAUAACAACAUCGUUUGUUAUAACAAUCAUUACGAAAGGUCUCCAUUUGAUAAUUCCCUAGUUGCACUGAUUGUUGGGUGUCUGGUGUAUGGAACGAUUUUAUUUUUUCUUGGCAAAUUUGGACUUGGAGUUCUAUUCAUCGUUAUUUUCUGCAUAUGUAAAUGGAGACGAAGACAUUUAUCCAUAUACGAUAGUAUUGAAGAUUUUCUGCGAAGUGACAACAACAUCAUGCCAAUUAGAUACUCCUACAAAGAAAUCAAGAACAUAACUGGAAAGUUCAAGACUAAACUGGGAAAUGGAGGCUAUGGCUCUGUCUUCCAAGGAAAACUUCGAAGCGGUCGUCUUGUAGCUGUUAAGGUAUUGAAUAAGGCCAAAUCCAAUGGCCAGGAGUUCAUAAAUGAAGUUGCUACUAUUGGAAGAAUUCAUCAUGUUAAUGUGGUCCAACUCAUUGGUUUCUGUGUGGAGGGAUCAAAGCGUUGUUUGGUGUAUGAGUUAAUGCAAAAUGGCUCCUUAGAAAAAUACAUAUUUUCACCUCAAGAGAGUGCUUCAAAUUCCUUAAGUUGUGAAAAACUGUACAAUAUUUCUCUUGGAGUGGCACGUGGUAUUGAGUAUCUGCAUAAUGGUUGUGACAUUAAAAUUUUGCACUUUGACAUUAAGCCUCAUAACAUUCUUUUGGAUGAGAAAUUCAAUCCAAAAGUCUCUGAUUUUGGACUUGCAAGGCUUUAUCCCACUGAUAAAAGCAUUGUGUCUCUGACCGCAGCAAGAGGAACCAUAGGGUACAUGGCUCCUGAGCUCUUCUAUAGAAACGUUGGCACAAUCUCAUACAAAGCAGAUGUUUAUAGCUUUGGGAUGUUGUUGAUGGAAAUGGCUAGUAGAAGGAAGAAUUUGAAUGCUUUGACUGAAAAUUCCAGCCAAAUUUAUUUUCCUUUCUGGGUUUAUGAUCAAUUACAAGAUGGAAGGGAAAUAACAAUAGAAAAUGACACAGAUGAAGAGACGAAGUUGGCAAAGAAAAUGAUGAUUGUGGCAUUGUGGUGUAUACAAACAAAGCCUACUGAUCGUCCUUCGAUGAAGAGAGUUGUGGAGAUGCUAGAACAAGAUGAAGACUUACUAGAAAUGCCUCCUAAGCCUUACUUCUAUCCACUUGAUGAACCUGAAGGCGAAGUUGGAAAAGAUAGCAGUUCAAGGGUAUCCUCUGAUAUGUCAUCAGUUAGUGGUUCCAAAGAAUAGAAGUGUUCUGUUUGGACUCUGAUCUGAUAUAAAUUUGCAAGAUCUGCAUCCAGCUUUUUUCCUUGGCUAUGUCAUAUAUAUGUGUAUUUCUGAGGUAUAUGAUAGAGUCAAUUGAUUUGAUUAAUAUAUGUUGAAUAUGAUAGAAUCAAUUGUUCAAGAGCUUUGUGUUUGUCUCAGAUUCUUGUAACAAAAACACUCAUUCUACUUACUAGAGAUCAAGCACAAAAUUCAAUAUUAAGAUUCCCAGUUCCAAUAAAUGUAUUUUCCUUUGGAUUCAAUGCUUCUAGAUUAGGAUUUUCUUUUUGGUUUUUGCUAGCUAGGCUACCAGCGGAGUUAGUAGAAGUGGUAGUUUACACAGAAGAAAUUACAAUUUUUGUUGUUGGAUUAAAGUGGUUCAAGUAUCCAUUUCAAAGUUUCAUGCAAUUUCGAUACCAAAUUUC